CACACACUCUCUCUUUCUCUCUAUAUGUUCCCUCCCUCUAAAAAAUAUAAAAAUUCAGAGCGAAAAAUUUUCUAAAAUUGCAGUUCGUGUGUGAAAAGAUUGAAAGGGGUUUUCCAGAAUCCCGAGGAGGAAUCUUGCUUCGAUUCAAAUCUGAGAGAAAGAGAAAGAACAAUACUUGUUGUAGUUGAUGUGUUUUGUUGUGGAUGAUUCUUGAAUCGAAUCGUUUCUGAGAGAGAACCUGAGAGUAUAGAGAGAGAAAGGGGAAGUGAGGUUGUGUAAAGUUAGAGUUUUUGUUGGGGUUUGUUGUGAAGAAAGAAAAGAAGAAGAAGAAGAAGAAGAAGAUGACGGAUGUGAUACUGCAUAUAUACGAUGUGACGAAUAGUGGAUCGGAGAAGACGAACAGCACCAUUGUUCAGAUCAACAAGAUCUUCAAGGACGGGAUUGGUCUCGGUGGCAUCUUCCACAGCGCCGUUCAGGUUUAUGGUGAAGAUGAAUGGUCAUUUGGAUUCUGUGAGCAAGGUACUGGAGUUUUUAGUUGCCCUUCUGGAAAAAAUCCAAUGUACACAUACCGAGAAUUUAUUGUUCUAGGGAAAACAAGCUGUUCCAUUUUCAAGGUAAAUCAAAUAUUAAGAGAACUCAGUAGAGAGUGGCCUGGGUGUUCGUACGAUCUAUUGGCCAAGAACUGCAACCACUUCUGCGAUGAAUUCUGUGAGAGGCUUGGUGUUCCAAAACUUCCAGGUUGGGUUAAUAGGUUUGCGAAUGCUGGUGACACUGCUAUGGAAGUGGCUGGAAAUACAGCAAUACGUUUGAGGCAAGCCAAGACAGAGGUUGUAUCGGCAAGCAAAGUAGCAUUACGGUUCCUUGUAGGUCUUACCAAUAAUGUCAGAAAUGGUGCUCCACCAGAGUCCCCUAAUUCAAACAGAGGAGGAGCAUCAGCAUCACCUAGAUUUCAAGCUUCUUGGUUGAAAAAUAUGAUUACCACUGGUGCAAAACCAUCUACUAGUUCAGAAGCUGAGAAUGAGAACGGGGUUGAGCCUCGACGACCACCGACGCAUGAAGAUGACAAGGCACUGCUACGGAGUUCAUCUUCACAUGAUUCUUGAGUGUGUGUGUGUGUGUGAAAGGCUCAAAGCAAUAGCUGUGAAUUGUAACUGUAAGUCAGAAAAGGGAAACAACAUAUUACAUGUUAUUCAUUGUGUAUCAAAUGUAAAAUUUUCGGUUUCUUGUUCAACUCAAAUCUUCUAUUGGUGCCCUCUUAAGACACUGUUCAUCUAAAGGGGGUUAUGAUAUUUUCUUC